UGCAUUACGUACAUAAACAAAAAAUAGGGUCCCCUGUUCGGACCGGUUGAAUGAACUUUGUUAGCCAUGCUUGUGGUACACACGACAAAAUGAGAGCAUUUAUACCGUUAUUAUGGCUCAAGUUUUUAUUAUGGAAACAAAAAGACCUAAUGAAAUACUGACAAAGUUUCUACUCUCUGGGACUUCUACAAUCACAGCAGUGUGCGGUAAGCAAGCACGAUUUUCAGUAUGGCGAAGCGCACAGUACAAUCAACUUGUCACCAAUAUUAAAUACUUUAUUAGUAUAUACUUUUAUAUACUAUCAAAUAAAGUAGCGAAACUACUAAAACAAGGCACAUGAUAGUUUAAGGAAAAGGUUGCUGUAAUAUAAAAAGGAAUGUUUGCGAGUGUGCGUGACUGUUUAUAAAUUGAUAUGCACAUAUAUCACAUAUUGUCACAUCAAUUUUUAUAAGUUAAUUAAUUACUACCAACUUUUUUACAGUAGUACUGCCGAUAAUAACAUCUAUAAUGCCUUAUGUAUCAUAAUUUUUAAACCAGAAAACUAAAUAAAAGUCUCGUACUUUAUAUGAUUUGUUUUACAGUAUAUAAUUUGGUUUUGUAUGUGGUUUGGCAGGUAUUGGUAUGCUAAACAUUGUAAUUGGCAAUUGUUUCAGACAAUUUAUUCCCAUUUAUCUGAUGAAAUACGUGAUGUCCCCUAGUCAAUUUGAAUAAGUAAUUUAGUUGGCAUUUUUUGGUGUCUCGAUGACAAAUGAUUGACGAUUUGACAAUGAGUAGUGGUAAAGGCCCAUUUACACGAUACAAUACUAGACAUUCUGGUGUACAAAAACGACUUGUGCUUCCUGUCUGUCAGUUUAUGGCAAAAUUUGAAAUGUGACAUUAUUACUCGAGUACAUAUGCCAGGAUAAGUGUCAUGUAGAUGGGCCUUAACUUCAACCUAUUAAACCCAUAUUUCAGUGACAAAUCCUAUUGAUGUAACCAAAGUCCGUCUUCAGCUGGACAACGAGUUGGUAACUACGCAAUAUGGUUACACAAAGCCUAGUCGAUAUUACAAUGGAUUUUUCCAUGGAGGUCUGAGAAUAUUUAAAGAAGAAGGAAUAAGGGGAUUGUAUAAAGGGUAAGGAAUAAUGAUGUAAGAUAUUUAAUAAGGGAUUUUAGGUGGGGGUAUACAGCUCUCAGUGAAAAGAGAUAGCACCCCCCCCCCAGCCAUACACACAUACUUUCAAUGUCCUCCCCCCCCCCCAUGCCGAUGUUUGCCGUAUUGGUAGACAAUUGGAAUCGGUAGAACUAUCUGUAUUUCUGAUUCUAUAAAACCCUGACUGUUGAGAUUUUGUCAUCUAACACAGUGAUGGUCAAUCACUAUAAGUACAAAUUUUCAGGAUUUAUGGUAUUCUUGAUCAAAUUUAUGGUUCUUAUGAGAAAUAUAUUUGUGUAGUAUUGCAGCCUCAAUUUUGAGAGAAGCAUCGUACAGUACGAUACGCCUUGGGGCAUACGAACCAUUCAAAGAAUUGCUGGGUGCUCACAAUCCAGCAAAGACACCAUUGUGGAAAAAGAUUGCUGCAGGGGCUUCGUCAGGGGCAAUUGGUAGUGCCAUUGCAAGUCCAACAGACUUGGUGAAAAUACGACUCCAAGCUGAAGGAACUUUAAAACCUGGUUAGUAUUUACAUGUUAAGGGGUUGUCCAGUACUGGACAAUAUCCAGUACUGUCCCCCUAUCAUUAUCAACAUUUUCACAAGUGUACAGAGAGUGCUCUUUUUUAACCCUCCCCCCAAAGCAUAUUCAUAAAUUUUGAAUCUCAGUUAUAAUGAUGGGCCUGUAGCUUAACAUUUUGAAAAGCAUACAUUGGAGGUUUGUACACUUGUGGCAAUGCUGAUAAUUAUGAAUGACCCCAAGCCCAAACAGAUUGUCCCUGAUAAGCAUAAAUUGCACUAUUUAGUAAUCCGAUGUCUUCUUGUCAAUUGUAGGUGAGCAGCCUCGUUACCCCAGUACGUUUUCAGCGUUUAAAACAAUUGCAGCCAAAGAAGGAAUUAGAGGACUAUGGCGAGGUGUUGGCGCAACAGUCAAACGAGCUGCCAUUGUGACGGGCACGCAAAUACCAUCCUACGACCACCUUAAACACAGUCUACUAAACUACGGUCUAAUGUCUGAAGGACUAAGAUUACACAUGGUGUCCUCAAUGGGUGCCGGGCUGGCAGUUGCCUUGGUUAGCUCGCCCGUGGAUGUUAUAAAAACACGACUUAUGAACCAAAAAGUUGUGGACAAAAAUGGAACGUUAUAUCGCAGUGCUUUCGAGUGUCUGGGUAAAACCUUGAGGACAGAAGGCCUAACAGGCCUGUAUAAAGGAUUCUUACCCAGCUGGUUAAGAGCUGGACCACAAACUAUGAUUACAUUCUGUAUUUUUGAACAGUUGAGGAAAAUAUUUGAUAUUGCACCUGUGUGAGUACAGUGUGUGUAAACAGUAAAGGGAAAAUUGGAAAAACAUAGAGUGCAAUGCAACUAAAAGUGUUAUAAAGGCUGUUCAAAACGAUGCCAACAUUUGCCAACAGGUUGUCUAACAUUGUUGUUUGCAACAUUGUUGAGUUUUAACAUUGGGUAAUUAAAAUGUUCAUCCAACAUUGUCCAACUUUUGGCAAUAGGCAAUUCCAGCUUUUAGUUUAUGUCUGCAGGGGAUGAUGAGAAGUAAGGUAUCAUAUUUCUGAUUAUGCUGAAAAAUUUCAAUAAAAACUACCAAAACAACCGAAAUCAAUACUUACAAGUAUAAGCUAUCACACUGUGUUUACACGGCCACCAUUUCUAUUUUUUCAGCAUAAUCAGCAAUAUGAUAUCUUACUUCCCAUCGUCCCCUGCACACAUAAACUAAAAGCUGGAAUUGCCUAUUGUGUGUGAAUAUUGAGCACACUACCCCAAAAUUGGUCAACAUAACAAGUUGUAACAAACCUGCAGCAGACUUGUAACAAUGCUGUUCCAACAACUUGUCAACAGGAUGUCUUUGCGCUGCUUGUUCCCAGCUUGUUGACAAGUUGUCAAAGGCUUGUUGAGCUCAACAGACUUGUUACAAGUUGUUCCAACAACUUGUUAUCGUCCUGCAAUUCGACAAACAAAUGACAACCUUGUAGCAACUUGAUAAAAUAAUAGCAUUGUUACAGCUUGUUACAAGCCGGUUGCGAACACAUCUUGUUGACAAAUUGUGAGAUUUUUGUGUUGGAGGAUGUUGAACUAACAUGUUGGAUGAAUACUUUGAAUAAACGGAGGAACAUCUUUUCUGGAGUUCCUUUCUGACUUUAAUGUAUUUUCUAAAUCAAGUCACAUGGCAUUAUAUUUGUGUCGUGCACACGAACUGUAUUUAAUAUUUAUGACAGUAUAUUGUUGUUAAAAGUUAGCAAACCUCAUAUGUAAGAAAAUUUCUCAAGGAUAUAAUGAAGGUAAAAGUUGAAUAAAAAAUAUUGAUGGUACAAAGUUGUGAGAGAACUGCUCUGAAAUUUGUUGAAAUAUAAAGACUUAUCCAGUAUGAUAUGGAGAUAACAAAAUUCUCGUUUAUUGAAAUGUGUUAAUUAUUUAAAAACUAAUUAUUUCAAAAACCAUUUAUAAAUAUACAAGUUUUUAAAAUACUAUCCUAAGAUUUCGUAAAAAAAUAAAUAUGUGCAGAUUUUACGUAUAAAAUGAAAGCAAAUAAGAUAGUGCGAUGUGUACCUAUAUAUACAUGUGCGCAAAUAUGUUCCUUGCUUAGUAUAUCCUCCUGUUUUGUGCAUAUUAGGUACCUGAGGCAAGCUAUUUAAAUAAUGUCCUGAAUGCACUGAAUACUACAUACCCUAAUAUUUACAUAAAAUACAUUUGACCAAAAAGUGGCACAAGCUGACUGGGUUACCUGAACCAACAAGCUAUACCAAUACAGUGAUAUGUAUAUAGAUCAGCCACCAACAUUACACACCAUCCCAUUUCUUCAGCAGCUCGGGUCCAGUCUCUUCCCAGUCAUCGCGGCUGAUACAGAGGUCAGCGAAGCUUUCCAAGCUCGCCAAAACUGCUGCCCCAAUGAAGGCUGCAAACUGACGAUCUCGGGCUGCAUGGACCUGACAGAAACGCGACAAUGUGUUAGCUAAUAGUCUUUUUUGUUUAUACCCGGUUCCGAAUUUUGGGUAACUCGCUUGCCAAUAGUUCUGUUUCAGUCCACUUUAAAAUGAUCUACUCUUUUGCGAGUUAAAGACAAAGAGUUUUCUAUGACAAGUUAGACUUUACCGAUUAUUCUCUUACCCAAUGGCCUCGUUUCCAUGUUAACUUAUUUUAGCAUGUCAGGGGCAGAUAAAGAUUAUAUUCCAAUGUUUUCCUGGACGAAUUUGUUUCUUGCUGUUCCUAGGCUCAAUAACAAAGUAAUUUUCAACCCUACUAAGCACAAAACAUGAGUAAGUAUUUGACACGAAAACGAGGCGAUUGGGUGAAAAGUGAAUAAACGGUAAGGUUUAUUGCACGUGUAUACGUACUGUACAACAAAUUUUCGACACGUUUUUGGUUUUCGCUGAUCAAUCGUACCCAAGUAUUCGAAUUACUACUGACGCACACAAACGAACAAAAUUUGUACAGCACGCUAGCUUUUAAACCAAUGUACUUGUCAUAAUAAAACUUGGCAAAGCUGCCCAUAUGCAGACGGGUAUGUAAACUUGCCAUACGUGAACUUGUUGCAGAAAAUGUUUUCGUCUGUGACAUAUUUUGUUAUAUAUCGCAUAUUUUGAAUCGAGUAUCUAACCUGAAUAACUAGAGACGAUGGAAACUUUCCACUAAGUUCAGUUUGUAAUCUAUCCGCAAAUCCUAGAAGAACAAAUGGGUACCAGGUAAGAGUACUACUCACGGAAAAAUCUCACAUCUUGUAACAAGUCAGCCAACAAGCCGUCAACAAGUUGUGUUCGCACUGCUUGUCCCAAGUUGUCAACAA